GUUACACUCUCUUAAAACAUCGGGGUACUCUAUUAAACAGGGAGGCACUUUUGGCGCAUUCCCCGAUCCGGCUCUACGAUCGGGGUGCCCGGCCCAGCAUAUCGGUCGUGGGGCAAGGAGAGAGACAGAGGGAUCGCGGGGGUUGGAGGGCAGAAAAGCACCCUGCUUAAAAAUGGAGAGCAGGGCCAGUUCGUCCAAUAUUCCCGUGGCGAUAGCAGCUGGCAUCCCUUUUGUGAAGCGUCUUCUGAACCGCAAAUCUCCACCAGCAUUCCUAUCAUGGCUACCGCCACAACUACCUACGCCGUCCUCGGCAGCACAGGCAACUGUGGCUCAGCUCUCAUCCAGAACCUCCUCCAGUCACCCCGCAACCGAAUCCAUGCCUACUGCCGCAACACGGCCAAGCUGCACCGUCUUCUCCCCGAAGUCAUCGACAACAAGCAAGUCCAUGUCUUCGAGGGCAGCAUCCUCGACGUCGACCUCAUGGUCGACUGCGUGCGCAACACCAGCGCCGUCUUCCUGGUCGUGACGAGCAACGACAACAUCCCCGGCUGCACGCUCAGCCAGGACCUGUCCUCUACCGUGAUCCAGGCGCUGCAGAAGAUCAGGACGGAGUCGGGUCCGCAGACCAAGAUGCCCAAGCUGGUCCUGCUCAGCUCCUCCACCAUCGACGACUAUCUCGCCCGCAACAUGCCGGGUUGGUUCCGCCCCGUCAUGCUGCGCGCCGCCUCGCACAUCUACGACGACCUGCGCGUCGCGGAAAAGUUCCUGCGCUCCCACUCGGACUGGGUCUCCACCAUCUUCAUCAAGCCGGGCGGCCUGUCGGUGGACGUCGCGCGCGGGCACCAGUUGACGCUCGACGAAGAGGAGAGCUUCAUCAGUUACCUGGAUCUGUCGGCCGGUAUGAUUGAGGCGGCGGAUGACCAGGAGGGAGCCUAUGAUGGGAAGAACGUCGGCGUGGUCAACGGAAAGAGGGGGGUGGGAGCUAGGUUUCCUCGGGGGACGCCGCUUUGCAUUUCGAUGGGGUUGCUGAGACAUUUCUUCCCAUGGCUACAUCCUUAUCUACCGUGGACAGGGCCAUCUUAAGGAUUAGUAGUCUAAUUUUCUGUCACGAUGUUUAAAGCGGCCUGAAAUCAUGAUCAGUUUUAGUUCCUC